UAAAGGAAACAAUCGACUCAUUUCGUGUGUUUCGCACAGGCCGCCAAAGUUUCUGUAGUUUCUCUCUAACAAAUCAAGUUGUAGCUUGUAACAUGUCCAACACAAAUGUAACUACUUUUCUGGCGGAACAGAAGAAAACCGCCGACAAAGAGCUAGCCGCCGAGUGGACGCAAAUCGAAGAACUGUACAACGAGAAACUAUGGAAUGAAUUGACGAUAAAGUUGGACGCUUUUGUGAAGAAUCCUGCGAUGCAGAAUGAGGAAGCUUUGCUUGGUCUAUAUCACAAUUUCAUCGCCUCCUUCGAAACAAAAAUCAAUCCCUACGGUUUGGUGGAAAUUUUAACCGUUGUCAUUUCGUUCAUAUCGGAAAAGAAAGAAGCGAUUGCUUUCCUGGAGAAGCUAAAAGAGAAGGUAAAGAUUUGCGAUCAAGCUGUUUGGAUGUGCAAGGUGCUUCAGGGGCAGAUUCAUCUCGAGCACCUGAACCAGCUUGACGAAACGAAGAAAAUCAUUGAAGAUUUGAAAGACAUCCUCGAAGAAGCGGGCAAUGUAACACCGGUGCACGGAAAAUAUUACAUGCUAGCAGCAAACUAUUAUCGGUUGGUCGGCCAACAUAGUGAUUACUACCGAUGCGGUUUGCAGUUCCUAGGAUGCUCGAUGGAUACUUACCCUCGGGACCAAUGGGCCCAGCAAGCAUUUUGUCUAGGUUUAGCUGCCCUGCUGGGAGAGGGCAUAUACAACAUCGGAGAGUUGCUUGCUCAUCCAAUCCUGGAAUCGUUGAAUGGCACCAAAAACGAGUGGCUGGUGGAGCUGUUGCGUGCAUUCAACUCGGGCGACAUUGUCAAAUUUGAGCAGAUGAAGCCCAAAUGGAGUUCGAUUGCUGAUCUUGCCACCCAGGAAGUGAAGCUGCGGCAAAAGAUCUCACUGCUGUGCCUCAUGGAGAUGACUUUCAAGCGACCGGCAAAUAAACGUACCAUCACGUUUGAAGAAAUUGCCAAGGAAGCGAAGCUGCCCAUCAAGGAAGUAGAAAUACUCAUCAUGAAGGCUCUAGCGCAAGGCCUUGUGAAGGGCGCGAUCGACGAAGUAGCGGGCGUAGUGAACAUGACCUGGGUGCAGCCCCGAGUGCUCGACAGAAAGCAGGUGGCCGGUAUGGCAUCAACGCUGGACACCUGGAUGUCGUCGAUAACUUCCAUGGAACAACUGAUCGAAAGCAGAGCAAGUGAAAUCCUCACAAACUAGGCAAACGUGUGGUCAAUGCUAGUGGACGAUCUAAUGCGUUCUUUCGUCCAUCUACCUUUACGUUUACACCGGAAUAAAUCAAUAAGACUCUAUAUUUCAUUAUAAC